CCGGCGGCGCCGGCGAUGGGCGAGCGCAGCGCGGCGCGGCGGGAGGACACGGGCCUGCGGCUGGCGCGGUUCGCGGCGCUGCGAGGCGCGGCCGCCCGGCCCGGCGAGUUCUGGGACGUGGUGGUGCUGACGGCGGCGGACGCGGCGCAGGCGGGCGCGUUCCGGGAGCAGCUGGCGGAGAAGCUGCGGCGGGGGGAGCUGCCCAGGGGCGUCCGGUACCUCGUGUGCGCCGACCCGCCGGGGCCCAGGAUCGGAAAUGGUGGAUCAACUCUUCAUGUUCUUCAGUGCUUGGAGGAACAGUAUGGUGAUCAGUGGACUUCCUUCACUGUGCUGCUAAUCCAUUCUGGUGGUUACAGCCAACGUUUGCCAAAUGCAAGUGCCCUGGGGAAGAUCUUCACAGCCCUGCCGUUUGGCGACCCCGUUUUCCAGAUGCUGGAGCUGAAACUAGCCAUGUACAUUGACUUCCCCCGUCACAUGAAACCAGGAGUCCUCAUCACAUGUUCGGAUGACAUAGAGCUGUACAGCACUGGAGUCACAGAAACCAUCACAUUUGAUAAACCUGGAUUUACUGCGUUGGCUCACCCCUCAGAUUUGGCAGUCGGGACCACUCACGGCGUGUUCGUGUUAGAUCUGUCCAGUUUUUCGGGAAAAGGAGGACUGGAAUAUGUAUCAUGCUAUCGUUUCCUGCACAAACCAGACGUGGAGACAAUGCAGCAGAGUGGUGCAGUGUGUGUGAGGGGAGAUCGCCCUCAGCUCAGCUCCUCUGGGAACCACGGCGACUCGGGAAUGGCCUCGGAGUGUGUGUACACGGACAGCGUAUUCUACAUUGAUCACAGCACUGCAAAGCAGCUACUGAUGUUCUAUAAGCAGAUGGGCACUCUUUGCUGUGAAAUAGAUGCAUAUGGUGACUUUCUGCAGGCGCUGGGGCCUGGAGCCACUCCAGAUUACACCAAAAACACAAGUAACGUCUCCAAGGAGGACUCAGGGUUGGUGGAAGUGCGGCAGCAGCUGUACUCCCUCCUGCAAGGCACCGCCCUCAAUGUCAUAGUCCUCAACAACUCCCAGUUCUACCACAUCGGAACUACUCAGGAGUAUUUGUUUCAUUUUACUGCUGAGAGCAAACUGAGAUUCGAGCUUGACUUGCAGCCUGUGGCUUUUAGCAUCUUUGCUGACGCAGCCACAACCUUGGAUCGCUUAAGCAUCAUCCAGAGCGUCCUUGAGCCCGGAUGUGUGAUAGGGCCUGGGUCUGUCAUUGAGUACUCCAGAAUUGGGCCUGAAGUCUCGGUGGGGAAAGGCAGCAUUAUUAGUGGGUCCUACAUAAAUUUCAAUGUAGACAUACCCUCAAACUGCUUCCUGAGUUCAGUAAGUGUGAAAAUUAAUGAUCGAGUGGAGUAUGUCACCAUGGUGUUCAGUGUAGGCGACGACUUGAAAAAGAGCGUGAAAUUGCUGUCGGAUAUACACUCCCUCCAGUUUUUUGGGGCCUGUUUACCAGAAUGCCUUGAGCUCUGGAGCAUAGAGGCUUCAGACCAGCUCUUCUCCAGUAAGGAUAUGCAUUUGGGGCUGUGGACUGCAAGGAUUUUCCCUGUUUGUUCUACUCUAAGUGAAUCGGUUAGGAUGUCACUGAACAUGCUGAAUUCUGUGCAGCACACGUCAGCUUUCAAACUGAGCGGCUUUCAGCUUUUGUCUGUUGAAGAAAUGCUCAUCUACAAAGAUGUGGGAGACAUGCUGAAGUUUAGGAAGCAAAUUUAUGAUGAAAUCUGCCAACAAAGACAAAAAGGGAAGUCUGAUUUUAGAAUGAACAGUACUUGAACAAAUCUCCUGUUUUCAUUUGUGGAUGAAUUGAUUAAUUCUUACUUAUAAGAAUCCUGAGGGAAAACUACACAGAUCUCUUCUCUGAUCUCAUUGAAGUAGAAAUAAAGAAAUUGCAUAACAUUAAUAAAGCAGCAAAUGCA